CAUUUCCGAGCAACCAUGUCUGAAUCUCUGUCAAUGAACGACGCCAAGAAAAUGCGCUCUGUAGAGCUGCGACAAGAACUGGCGGCCCGCAAUCUAGGCACGACGGGGACCAAACCCAGGCUGCUGACUCGCCUGCUCGAGUCAUUGGAGUUCACUGCAGCACGCGAGGACUUGGCCACUCAGGCAGCCGAGCAGAACCUACCCCAGGCAACUGCUGCUCCGUCCCUGAGGGACAUUAUCCGGGAGGAGGUCCGUGCUGCCCUUGGAAAUCAGGCCGCAGCUCCAGCCCCGCCGGCAGCUCACACAGCGGCACCCCCACCGCCAGCUCACGCAGCGGCACUCCCACGGCAAGCACCAGCAACUCCGCAGGACGCUCUGCCUGCUCCGCAUUUGGCGGCUGCCGUCUCACCGCCAAUGAACCCCGCAGGUACGGCGCUUCCGGACCCUCAACCCAACUGCCGACGCAGCGCCUACACCACCAGCGCAGUCCACCCUCCAUCAGUUGAUGACGCAGCCAUGGAGCUCAUCCGUCACGGCCUGGCAGACAGCUCCAGCGCGACGUACGCUUCAGUGCAGCGUUCCUACGAACGCUUUGCUGCCCUACGGCAGGUCGCGCCGUACCCGGUGACGGAGCCCAGCCUGAUUAACUUUCUGAAUUGGAAAUUCUCGUCCGGCUCGUCUGGCUCGUCUCUGAAACUCUACACCCAGGCGCUGAGACAUCAGCACGUCCUGCAGGGCCUCUGCCUGGACGUUUUCGCCUCACCGCGUGUCCGGCUGCUCCAACAGGGGGCGCUCAGAUCCCAGACGGCAGUCCGGAAAGUGCUAACGGCCGCAACUUUGGACGAUCUGGCUGGCGUACAGCACUACCUGCAGUCCACCGUGCCUAGCCCGCACAACCGUGCCAUGCUCUGGAGCGCCGUGACUCUGGCCUUCCACGGGCUGCUCAGAGUCAACGAGUACACCUUCACGGCACGGGGCGCCGGCCUUGAGUACAGCAAUGCGACCAUGUACCCAGACCGCGUGGAGCUGCGCCUGCGUGUGACAAAGACGAGCCAAUACGGCAGCGGCCAGGACAUCAGCGUCAGGAGGACAGGCUCACCGACAUGCCCGCACACGGCAGCCACCAGCUACCUAGCAGCCCGUGGCUCGGCACCUGGCCCGCUCUAUCGCUAUGAUGACGGCACGCCCCUGAAGCCGCAUAACAUCAACAGGCUACUACAAACAGCCUUGCCUAACAAAGACGUGCGCAGCCACAGCCUCAGACGAGGCGCUGCAACGCUGGCAGGCAAAUCUGGCGUGACUGAGCACGUGCUGAAGACCACCGGCAGGUGGCAAAGCUCUGCCUACCUCCGCUAUGUCCGCACCCCUGUCGCAGACAGAGCAUUGCCAGCAGCAUUGUUCUAG